AUGUUCAAAGUGAGGCCAUUGUGUGAUAUGUUGAUGCAAAAAUUCUCUCAAUUUGGCGUUUUUCAUGAAAACAUAUCGAUCGACGAGUCUAUGAUAAAAUAUUAUGGCCACCACUCAUCAAAACAGUUCAUAAGAGGUAAACCCAUCAGAUUUGGUUAUAAAAAUUGGGUAGCUGCCAGUUCUGAUGGGUACUGCUACUCUUUCGAUUUGUACUGUGGUAAAACAGCUGAAAUUUCAAAAGCAUCACUUGGUAAUAGAGUUGUAAAGUCGUUACUGAAUAAAAUGCCGACAAUACCAGAAGAGCAUACAGUGUAUUUCGACAACUUUUUUACUAGUUGUGAUUUAUUGAGAGACUUGAAGGAGUCUGGGUAUAAAGCUACUGGAACAAUACGUGAUAAUCGGACAAAGAAAUGCCCAUUACGCCCCGUAAAUAUCAUGAAAAAGUCCGCAAGAGCAGAAUUUGAUUAUAAGUUUGAUAUAAAUAAUGAACUGCUGCUUGUUAGGUGGAAAGACAAUAUCGUGUGUACCAUAGGUACAAACUUUGAUACAAUUGAACCUAUUGGCAAAGUAAAACGCUGGUGUUCACAGAAUAGACAAAAAGGAGACGUGAGUAUUCCACGUUUAUUCCUAAACUACAAUAAAGGGAUGGGCGGCGUUGAUGAGAUGGAUGGAUCUAUUUCAUUGUAUCGCGUAAGUAUUCGUGGAAAAAAAUGGUGGUGGGCUAUUUUCACAUACUUGCUUGAUAUGAGUAUAUCUAACGCUUGGCGUCUGCAUACUUUGGCUGGUAGCGAGUGCUUGGACCAGUUGGCUUUUAGGAGACAUAUAGCAAGAAAUUAUCUUCAACUUCGUAAUUGCAACAAAAGCCGCCGUUCUGGUUCAACCAUAGGUGGUCUAAGCCCAAGUAACAAUGGACAUAAUCCAGGAAAACUACCUAAACAAUUACGAUGUGUUAUAUGCCAUCCUCGCAUAAAGUAG